CUCUGGCUUGUGGGCCAACAUGCCCCUAAUGAGUAUUAAAACACUAUCUUCUUGCAAUUAGCUCAAUCCUGCCUUCCCGCUCCUGAUUGACAGAGCAAGCAGAAGCAUCAGAAUUUUCCCUUUGGCAAUAAGUGCUGAUUGGGUCCUUCUAAAGAGAGCGACUUCAAACUUUUUUUUUUUUUUUAAUAUUUGCCUUCAGUGUCUUGGCUGAGAGAAGAGUUUUUUUACCUCUCUGCGAUUUUUUUUUUCUCGAGAGGAGUUGGGGAAGGAAGAGAGAGGAUUAUUUACCUGGCUGGGCUGAGUUCAUUUGAUUUUAUUUGGGUUUGUUUUUAAUUUAUUUAUUUGACUCACACCAUCCUCGUAAAGCAGAAGAAAGGAAAGUGUUGGCAACUCGGGUUGAAUUAAAAAAAAAAAACCACCCCAAACUUUUCAUCAACUUUUGGCGAUGGGCUGUAUUGGAUACUUUCUGUUUCUGUGUGGGUUGAGUCGGGCUAUGGCAAGUUAUCCAAUCUGGUGGUCCUUGGCCAUCGGUCACCAGUAUUCCUCCCUGGGGACUCAGCCCAUCCUCUGCGGCAGCAUCCCAGGGCUGGUCCCGAAGCAGCUGCGCUUCUGUCGGAACUAUGUGGAGAUCAUGCCCAGCGUGGCGGAAGGGGUCAAGAUCGGGAUCCAGGAGUGCCAGCACCAGUUCCGUGGGAGGAGGUGGAAUUGCACCACCGUCAAUGACAGCCUGGCCAUAUUUGGGCCCGUGCUAGAUAAAGCUACCAGGGAGUCGGCCUUUGUCCACGCCAUCGCCUCCGCGGGUGUUGCUUUUGCGGUGACCAGAUCCUGCGCCGAGGGCUCAGCCACCAUCUGCGGCUGCGAUACCCGCCACAAGGGGCCCCCCGGGGAAGGCUGGAAAUGGGGAGGCUGCAGUGAGGACGUGGAGUUUGGGACCAUGGUGUCUCGAGAGUUCGCGGACGCCCGGGAGAACAGGCCGGAUGCUCGGUCAGCCAUGAACAGGCACAACAACGAAGCUGGGAGAACAUCCAUUAUUGAUCACAUGCAUCUGAAGUGCAAAUGUCAUGGUCUGUCAGGCAGCUGUGAGGUGAAGACAUGCUGGUGGUCCCAGCCAGACUUCAGGGUCAUCGGUGACUAUCUCAAGGACAAAUACGACAGCGCUUCUGAAAUGGUGGUGGAGAAGCAUCGGGAGUCCCGUGGCUGGGUCGAGACACUCAGGCCCAAGUACAACUUCUUCAAGGCCCCAACUGAGAGAGACCUGGUUUACUAUGAGAACUCACCAAACUUUUGUGAGCCGAACCCCGAGACGGGCUCCUUUGGGACCCGCGACCGGAUCUGCAACGUCACCUCCCAUGGGAUCGACGGAUGCGACCUUCUGUGCUGCGGCCGCGGGCACAACACAAGGACUGAGAAACGGAAAGAGAAGUGCCACUGUAUCUUCCACUGGUGCUGCUACGUCAGCUGCCAGGAGUGCAUACGAGUCUACGACGUUCACACGUGCAAGUAAAGCAGGAGUUCCCUGGACAGGCUCCGUGCGGAGAAAUGGAUUUGAGCCUGCUUCUUCUGAGGUUGCGUAGAUGGGAAAGAUCUACCUUUUUUUUAUAGUAAAAGAAAAAUAAAAAAGGCUAAAACUGGCUGGAUAGAAUAGAUCUAAUGACUUCUUGGUCGUCCCAAGAUGCAUCUGGAGGCUAACAUUACAAACAUGGAACUCCAUACAAAAAGAUUAUGCACCGGUUAGGAGGCUGUGAUUUCUUUAACUACCCAACAGAACAGAACUGCGGAGAAGAUUGUUAGCAGGGGCAAUGACUCUUUGCUCUUCUCUCAACUAACCUGAAGAGACUCAUGCUAUUAAGUGUCCUUUGAAAGACUUGCAACUUCCUAAACACCUUCUGUUCCCAACCCAAUAGGAAGAGGUGAUGUCAGACAGCAGCUCUCAGCGUGCUGAGAUCCUUUCCAAGCCCCAGCAACCAGAGUCUGUGUGCAACAUGAAUGGCAAAAAAUUAAAAUAAAAUAAAACAUUCAAUUCAUUAAAAAAACAAACAAACUUUUCUUCCACUUCUUCCGGGAACAGGGGAAUUCUGCAAACAUUCCUUAGUGCUGUAGAAUGGACGAGCUCUUAGCAUGAACUUUUUAACAUAGUGGUUUCUGCCAGAUUUGACAUAGGACGCAGUGACACAUUUAGUACUUCUGCAGAGAAAGAGACUGCGGAUGGAUUGCUACCAAGGUCCCACUGACACCAGUGCAACAGGCGUGGUAGAUGCUGUGAUCUAGAUACACAUGCGUGCACGUCAUACGUAAAAACUCAGUGCCCAGAAGGGGACCCAGCAAACGCAUGGCCACGGAGACCAAAAUGGCUCUUUUUCCUCAGCAGACACACCAGCAGACAUUGACCCAACUGUGGCCUGUGGAGGCAGGGGUGUGACUCAGCCGAUUAGAAGGAGGAUGCCCGUUGAGACGUGCAGUGGGGUAGGGCGCAAACCACCUGUGAUUAAGGUGGUGAGGACAUCGUUUCUUUGCACCACAGGCCAGCAAGGAAAGGAGAGCAGGAAAGGUGUUUCCCCACCUCUGCUUAAGAAACAAAGUAACCUUGGAAAGUGCACUUAGUUCAUUUCAUUGGCUCCGUACAGCUUCUGCAGAACCCUCAGAACAGAACUCUGUAGGGAACAGCGGUUCUGAAGGACUGUGUGAUAUGUGUUGCUAGCCAAACCCUGACCUAGAACAGCCUUGGACUCUGGCCAAGUUUGGAGCCAGAUCCAACCUCCGCCACUAGUGUCUCUAUAACAGGCCAAAUCAAAAACCUUGUGUCUGAACCACCCUCGACUUUGGGAAAGUUUGGAUCCAGCUCCAAAUCCCAACUCUGCAGCACAGCCCUAUCUCUGCUGUUUGGCUGUUUCGCCUCUUUGACUCCAUUCCUUUGCCCAUGUUGCAAGCUGUCGUACCUCUGAUACCUAGAUCGGGAUUGCCAAUUUACAGUAGCAAAGGUAACUUGCUGUCUGGUAAUCCGGGCUCCACCUGGGGUUGUGGGUUCUCAGGCCUGACUCUUCACACCCUCUCACUGGCUGGAGGUCCCAUCUAGAGAAAUGGGAAAGGGACUGAUUUUUUUUUCUUCCUUUUGCCAUCAAGAAUUGCAGAAAUGGAAAUGAGGAUAGAGCAAAGGGAGCCUUUCCAAUGACUGCCGGGGGAGCUGGAUCACGACUUUGGGCUAGGUUGUGACUACACACCUGCGUGGGGAAAUACAAGCACCUCCUCGAUCCCCACAUGCUGGCUUGCCCUCUGCAACCCGAGCAGGUGAGCUGGGAGAAUGCAGCCGAGACAAGGAAUGAACGGAGCCUAAUCCCCACGGAGAAAAAUGGGGAGGGAGUUGUGCCCCAGAGGCACGUUUCUGAGUCCCAACGCCUCCCGGACUACUUCUAAAUUGAGUUGUGCCCAGAGGCACAAGCUAGCCCUCUGGAUUGACGGGGUCAGUUUUGUCUACUCUGUGUCUAAAGGCUGACUGAUGCCAGAGUGACUUCAGCUGUGGUUUAGAAAACAGAAAGAACGUAUACAUAGAGAAUUAGGCAUGGUUUUGCAUCCCUGCCCAUCCUGGCUAAUAACCAUUGCAGAAGGAAAUGGCCUAGGAUAGGGAUAGUCGUGCGCUAGCUUUAAAAGGAAGGGAAACAGCUGGACAUUUUAGAAAAUCUUAUCUGAAGUGGAAGGAGUCCUUAGAACAAACUGGAAAAGAUUUGGUAAGGAAAAAUAAAUAAAUAAAUGCCGUUGUUUACACUCAUGAUCCAGGGAGAGCAAACACAUGGGCAGAUGCUAGG